GAAACCUGACCAUGGAGGGACAGAAGCUGUCGUCCUACGGAAAACGCUUUGGCUCACAAACCACCUCUGUCCAUCAUGCCCUGAGAUUCUCGCCUGGCCGCAGGUACCUGCCUUCAAAUCCCACCACCCGGUUCUCUGUCACCAAGCUGAAGACGGCCAGCCUCAGCUUCCGUGCUGGUCCCAAAUAUUCCCCAGACAAGGUGGAUUUCUCCUUGGCGGAUGCCCUCAACACAGAAUUCAAGGAGACUCGCACCAAUGAGAAGGUGGAGAUGAUGGAGCUGAAUGACCGCUUUGCCAGCUACAUAGAGAAGGUCCGCUUCCUGGAGCAACAGAACAAAGUUCUGGCUGCCGAGCUCAACCAAAUCCGGGACAAGGAGCCCACUAAGCUGGCUGACAUCUACCAGGAAGAGAUGAGGGAGCUUCGCCGUCAAGUGGACCAGCUCUCCAGUUCCAAAGCCCGGCUGGAGAUUGAGAGGGACAAUCUGUUGGAGGACCUCAACAAUCUCCGGCAAAAGUUACAGGACGAGAUUAAUCUGCGCCUGGAAGCCGAAAACAAUUUGUCUUCCUACAGACAGGAUGUGGAUGAUGCUGCGCUGGUCCGCAUAGACCUGGAACGGAAAAUUGAAUCCCUGCAAGAAGAGAUCAACUUUUUAAAGAAAGUGCACGAUGAGGAGCUGCGUGAGCUGCUGGAACAGCUGCAGCAGCAGCAAGUCCACAUCGAGAUGGACGUGGCCAAGCCGGACCUCUCCUCUGCCCUGCGGGAGAUCCGCAUCCAGUACGAGUCCAUGGCCUCUAACAACAUGCACGAAACCGAGGAGUGGUACAAGUCCAAGUUCGCAGAUCUGACUGAUGCAGCAGCUCGAAACAUUGAAGCCCUGCGCCUGGCUAAGCAAGAAGCCAAUGAGUACCGCCGGCAACUGCAGGCCCUCACCUGUGACUUGGAGUCCCUGAGAGGAUCGAAUGAAUCACUGGAGAGGCAGUUGAGAGAGAUGGAAGACCGCUAUUCCCUGGAGACAACCAGCUACCAUGACACGGUGAUCCGGUUGGAGGAAGACACCCACACUCUCAAGCAGGAAAUGGCCCGGCACCUUCAGGAAUACCAGGACCUUCUGAAUGUCAAAUUGGCACUGGACGUUGAGAUUGCCACCUACCGCAAGCUUCUGGAGGGAGAGGAAAGCAGGAUCACCAUCCCAGUGCAGACUUUCUCCAACCUUCAGAUCCGAGAAACGAGUCUGGACACAAAAUCUGUUUCUGAGGCCCACCUGAAGAGGAGCAUAGUGGUCAAAACGGUGGAGACCAGAGAUGGCGAGGUGAUCAAGGAGUCUACCCAGGAGCACAAGGAGGUGGCGUGAAAACUGCAGCCAUGCGGUAGAGGAAGACGCCUGUAG